ACUCAUCAUCAGAGCAAUAAAAUAAUAUCGGAAAUUUCAGCAUCCACGAAAUCAACUCUUUCUCAAUCAGGCGCGAUAAAACGUAAUUUUCAAUAUAUCUCACGAUGAUGAGAGAUAAACAAAAAUCCGAGGAUGAUACAAACAAACCGACUACAAAGGCAGCACUUUCCAGCGGCGGUCCAGACCCGACCGGUCCAAUCGUGCGGAAAGGAUCACUAAUGUGCUUUCGUACCAACAAGUUUACGGAAAUUCUCAACAAGGAUACCUUUGGACGCUGUCGAUAUGUGUCGGUGUUUCAGAAAUGUAAUCGCGUUGGCGAAGGAACGUACGGAAUCGUUUUUCGUGCAAAGGACACGAAAACCAACGAGAUUGUAGCCCUCAAAAAGGUGCGGAUCGAUCAGCAAAUUUUCAAAGAUGGCUUCCCUAUCAGUGGCUUGCGCGAGAUUCAAAUUUUGAAAAACUGUAACCACGAUAAUGUGGUUAAGCUGAAGGAAGUUGUCGUGGGAAACAGCUUGGAAAGCAUUUUCUUAGUCAUGGAGUUUUGCGAACAGGACCUGGCUUCGCUGUUGGAUAAUAUGGAAUCUCCGUUUUCCGAGUCGCAAGUGAAGUGUAUCAUAAUUCAGCUGCUGAAAGGGUUGAAAUAUUUGCACUCUAAUUUCAUUAUUCAUCGAGAUCUCAAAGUUUCCAACUUGCUUCUUACCGAUAAAGGUUGCCUGAAGAUCGCAGACUUUGGAUUGGCCCGUUACAUAAGCGAUUCAGGCAAACCAAUGACGCCCGGCUUAGUGACACUUUGGUACCGGUCUCCAGAAUUGCUGUUUGGAGCGAAGGAACAAACGACUGCCGUCGAUAUGUGGGCUACCGGAUGCAUUUUAGGUGAAUUGCUGUCUCAUAAACCGCUUAUGCCUGGUGUCAGCGAAAUAUCCCAGAUAGAGUUGAUUAUCGAUCUGCUGGGAACACCCUCGGAAGCUAUUUGGCCCGAUUUUCCUAAAUUGCCAUCCGUUCAGAACUUCACAUUGAAGGCUCAACCGUACAAUAACCUGAAGCCAAAGUUCCCUUGGCUGUCUUCGGCGGGUUUACGAUUGCUUAACUUUCUCUUCAUGUAUGAUCCAAGCAAAAGGGCCACAGCCGAGGAGUGUCUGCAGAGCAGUUACUUCAAGGAAGCCCCCCUACCGUGCGAUCCGAAGCUGAUGCCAACCUUUCCACACCAUCGGGACUUGAAAAAUGCUCCUAAGGAAACCGUCGAAACUCAGCCGGCCGCCAAUUCCAAAACAACAAUCAUUGAUCAAACUUCCAUCCCUGCGAUAUCGGACAUACUGGGCUCUCUAGUUAAGAAGAGGAAACUGGAAUGAUUGUCACAUG